AUGCCUCUCAUCCCCACCACCAUCGAGACGCUCAAGGCCGACCUGGCCCGCGCUCCCGUCGACGAUGUCUUCCUCAUCCUCUCCGGAACUGAAGACGCAAAUGGCCAAUCCUGGUGCCACUACUGCAACCUCGCUCGUCCCGACAUUGAGCGUGUCUUCUCCUCUGACGACAAGUGUGAGUGCAACGCCUUCCCCGUCGCCGUGCUGACAGAAGAUACACUCGUGCUCAAGGUCGUCCGCGGCGAGCUCCUCUCCGAGUCCAUGUUCUGGCUCGCCUCUUCGCUCCAGGUCCGCGGCGUCCCCUCGAUCUACCGUUUCGCGCGUGGUGGUCAGCCUGUGGCCGGAUGGGAAGACCACCUCUUCCAGCCGCACUGGGAGCCAGCCUCGUACCGCGCCUCCGACUUUGGUGCCUACCUGGACUGGUGGGCAGCGGGCGUGUCUGAGUUCGAGGACUUCCUCAUUUCCUCUUCCUCAGAGCCGUACGUGCCUCCCGAGCAGCGCAUCGAGGCCCUGGCGCAGGAGUGGGACGAGAUGAAGACCAUCAUCGCUGCGCGCAAGGCGAAGCAGGAGAAGGACGACGCGUGGCGCCGCGAAAAGGCCGAGAAGGCGGCUAAGCGCAAGGCCCGCGAGCAGAGGCGCGCCAGCGAGCUCGCCAAGGCUGCUGAGGUCAACCGGCCCGCGCUCGCCAAGCUCGAUCCCAACGUCUAUGGCCGCCAGCAGGUCCGCGCCGCUGCGCUCAGACGACUGCGCCCCACGAAGGGACGGCUGCAGUACAUCAAGUCUGUGCAGAGGGAGAACACGAAGGUCUUCUGCGACGGCGAGGUCUGUGUGCCAACUGCCGCGUGA